ACUACCAUGGAGGCUACACCAAAGGUGCAUCGUCAUCGUCCACGACGUACCGAAUCACGUCAUCGCCGUACGGAACGCCAAACGACAACGACUAGCAGUACCUCAGACAGCAAAUCUCCGGCCCGUUCCACUAACGACAUCCUCAAUGUGGAGGCGGGAGGAGCGGGCUCUUCGUCGGAUGCCCUGAUUGCUGCGGUGGCCACACGACUCAUGCAGGAACAUGAACGACAAACGUCCACCGAAACAGUGGACACGGUGGCCAGUGGCAGUGGUGGCACUGGCGGAGGCCACAGCUCCAGCCAAACUUCACAACAAACUGUGGUCCUGGUCAACGGGCAUGCUCCUCACGACCAGGCCACUGAAGAUGAACAACCCGCUAACGACUCGGCAACGACUCACCACCAUCAGGCAAAGACGACCAACGAAAACAACGAUCCUGCAAAACCCUCAGAAGCCGAUGCCAGUGAGCUGUGUACCGGCCCACCCGAUGGCCCCAGCAGUAGUCGCAAUUCGUCCGGUGAUGCCAUGAGUCUACGCGAAACACUACAACAAUUACCUCCCACCAUAACGGCACAUCGACAUCGUCGCACUCUCUCCCCCCACUCACCCUCAAGACGGGUACUCGAAACGGCAGCGGAUGCCUCGUUUCAUCGCGGCAUUUUAGGUUUCAUGGAUCGUGAACUGAAACAAUCCUCACCCACACCAUCGGCUUUGAGUGCCGGCAGCGGUGGAGGUGGCAACAGUGGAGGUGCGGGACGUAAACAUCAAUCGCUAUCCGAUCCGACAGCUAGUCCAGCCCAGAGAUCGGUUAGAUCACGUAGCAGUUUAGAGAAAAGUCCACGACGCAAACGUAGCAAAUCGGAAUCGCGGAGGAGAAGGGAACGGAAACUCAUUGCAGCGGGAGAAAUGGAGGUGCGUCAGGCAAAUGAAACGUUGAUGCGAUAUUUGAAACAAUGUUCGGAAAUGAAUGAUGCCUCGUUGUCGGGUGAAUUGGAAAUCGAUCAGAGUUUGGAGGAGCGCAAGGUGCAUCGCAAGACGAAAAGUCAGCGGAACAAAAGGGGGCACAUUAUAAGUAAAUUCUAUGCCGCCAGCGGUUUAACAUCCCUGCUAAAGGAACUCUCCGACGAUAUAAUGCCAGCCGAAGGUGAAGAGAUUUACAAUCCCUUUACGCCGGUCGUCUCGCCCACAGAUGACACACCCGCCCAUAUCGAUAAAAUGUUUAUGCAAACAUCGUCGGGUUAUCGACCGGUGGAUCAUUGCUAUGCGAAGCAUUCGUUUAUGCGUUCGGGUGGUAUGAGCGGACAGGUUAGUGGUGAUACUGGUGGCGGCGGUGGUGGUAUUGGUGAUGGCAGUGGCGGUAGUGGUGGUGGUAUUGGUGGUAAUGCCGGCUAUCAACUACGCCCGAGUGGUAGUUAUGGUGAUACUCGUUGCCUGCUCGAUGGUGAAUACUAUGGCCAUGAAAUUACCAGCAACAUCCAAUUAGCCUGUUUGACUCAACGAAUUUGGUUGCUACUCUCCAAUAUUUGCCAUGGCCUGUUAGCUGGUCUAGCAUUGGCCCAUUUGCUAUUUGUGCUGAGUACCCAUCCCAUGGAAUGGUCCAAGGUAUUAAGUCUUGCUGGCGAGACCUCAUCAUCGGCAUCAUCUUCAUCUGCAGCAUACUCAUCCUCCUCAUAUGGCGAUUCCGAAUCUGCCACAACAGAAUCUCCAACAAUAGCUGAUGGUGAUUUUGGUAGUUCAACAAUGACGCCGCCGGUUACCACCACCAGUCUGGUGAGGACCGAAUAUGCCUCCUUUGCCAAUUUCUACAUAAACACUUUUUAUUGCCUGGCGAUUGUGUGUAUGGUCUCGGUGCUGGAUAGGAUGGACAUCUGCCGCUGGAAUUUAUCCAAUGCCUCCGAGCUGAUAUCAUUUCGUUGGCUGAUAAUAGCCAUGAUUUAUAUAGCGACAAUAAUACUGACGAUCUGUUCCGAUAACAUAGAUGAGAGAUUGUAUUUUUCGAGUAAUCUGAAUGUGACGUUAACGCAAGAGGAAUUGUUAAUCAACAGCAUAGUCUCAAUAUGGAGCAGUUUAUCGGUGACGCGCAGCAUUGGUGCCAUCUGUGGCUGGAUAAUGAUUGGCCUGACGCCGCACGAAGACUUUCUCUAUGAACAUUUAUUGGAUUUAACGCGUUAUCAAAUGACAAAUAAUUAAAUUCCUAU